GGGAAAGGAGAGGAAAGGAAGGGACGCGACGCGGGCACGGCGGGUGCCGGGAGCUCCCGCGGCGCAGCCAGCCAGGGAGGGAGCUGCUUCCCGGUAAUAGUAGAGGAUCCUGACGCUGGAUGAGAAGGCACCGGCAGCAUCCUCGUUAGUGGGAGCCCAGCCCUGCUUAAUGUUGGUUUCUUUGUCAUCAGGUCUGCUAAAAAAUGACAGAGUAUAAACUUGUGGUGGUUGGAGCUGGUGGUGUAGGCAAGAGCGCCUUGACAAUACAGCUAAUCCAGAAUCACUUUGUGGAUGAAUAUGACCCCACGAUAGAGGAUUCCUACAGGAAGCAAGUAGUAAUUGAUGGAGAAACCUGUCUCUUGGAUAUCCUUGAUACAGCAGGUCAAGAAGAAUACAGUGCAAUGAGGGACCAAUAUAUGAGAACAGGGGAAGGCUUCCUGUGUGUGUUUGCCAUAAACAAUACAAAAUCUUUUGAAGAUAUUCACCAUUAUAGAGAACAAAUAAAGAGAGUUAAAGACUCAGAAGAUGUCCCAAUGGUGCUAGUAGGAAACAAAUGUGAUUUGCCUUCCAGAACAGUAGACACAAAACAAGCUCAGGAUUUAGCAAGAAGUUAUGGAAUUCCUUUCAUUGAAACAUCAGCAAAGACAAGACAGGGUGUGGAUGAUGCCUUCUACACAUUAGUCCGAGAAAUCAGAAAACACAAAGAGAAGAUGAGCAAAGAUGGUAAAAAGAAGAAAAAGAAGACAAAGACAAAGUGUAUAAUCAUGUAAAUACGG